AUGAUGCUUCAAAACACGAGUUUGGGCCUAUAUAGGGGAUGUCGUAUCAUCUCGAGGUGUAUUCCUCACGGUUGCAGAGGUAACCUGGGAACUAGAAGUUAUGCAACGAUUCCAGUUCUAAAUAAUUUCCAGAGGUUGAAUUUGUUAUCGGUACAUAGAAAUUCAUACUCCAAAUUACUGGUGGAUAGAAGCUAUUCCACAAAAAACGGAGAUAAGAACUCCAAAUUCGACAAGAAUCUUUCAGAUUUAGAUAACAUCGACGAAGAAGACAAUAAAAUGGAUAUAAAUGAUGAAUUUAUUGAUGAAGAACCGGAGUUACUGGAUGGAAAGUCACGAGUGUUUGAUUCUGGGAAAAGAAGUAAAUUGGUGAAGAGGCCGUCUGAUAUAAUUAUUGAUAUUGUCACAAAAGGCAAGCAGAAGUUCGGAAGGCAGGCACAGAGCGGAAAGAUAAGGAGAAGACCAAUCCCCCUGGAGAAUCAAGAUGAUGUGUCGGACUUAUCGGAACGGAGUAAGGAAAAGAGCAUGGCAAGCCCGAAGGAACUUAUGAGUAGAGACGAUGAGGACAACGACAAUGAGGACGAUGAUGGCGACAGGGAUGACAUUAAGCCGAUGAAGAGCGAGGACCUGGUGCUGACGCAAAUCACGCUCCCAGUCGUGCACAUUCCGAACUCGAAGAGGGUGCACGCGCUGCCGGCGCUAGGGCUGUACAGGAAGCCGGCGUUCCCAGGCUUCUACCAGGUGCUGCAGGUGCAGGACCAGAACGUGAUCAAGUGCCUGUCGAACGUGAAGCAGAACUCGGGCCACGACUACAUCGGAGGAUUCAUGACGAAGACGGAUCCGACGGGAAUCUCGAGCAACAGCGGCACGAUGAACAACCAGCUGAACAGCGCGCCAGUCCUGAGGGACGACGCGGGAGCAGUGAAGUCGCACACGGACCUGCACAUCUACGGCACGCUGCUGCAAAUCAUCACGAUCACGCCGAACUUUAACUUCCAGGGCGGCCAGGUGAUCCUGAUGCCGCACAAGAGGAUCAAGAUGACGGGAAUACACUCGGAGCCCUCGGAAAACAACCCGCUCUUUAGAGUGGCGGUGGAGUACGUGGAGGACACGCCGAAGCACUUCGAGGACUCCUCAGUGACGAAGGCGCUGCACCUGGAGAUCAUGGCGACGGUCAAGGAGCUGAUCAAGACCUCGAACUUCUACAAGGAGCAGUUCGACCAGAUAAUAAGGUUCUACAACCUCGACUACCCGACGAGGCUCGCGGACCUGAUCGCAGGAAUAUCGCUGGCGAAGCGCGACCAGCUGCAGAACAUACUGGCGGAGCUGAACAUAGACAAGAGGCUGACGAUGGUUUUGGAGAUCACGAAGAAGGACCUGGAGUUCGCGAGGAUCCAGAACGACGUGAACCUGCAGCUGGAGGAGAAGCUCUCGAAGGACCAGAGAAGGUACAUCCUGACUGAGCAGAUGAAGAUGAUCAAGAAGGAGCUGGGCAUGGACUCGGACGACAAGACGAACAUAAUUGAGCAGUUCGAGAAGAUGUACAAAAACGUGAAGGCCUUCAUGUCCGACGAGAGCAGGGUCUCCUACAACAGCGGCAUCAACAGGCUGAAGCACCUGGAGUCGAACAGCGCGGAGUUUGGAGUCUGGCGGUCGUACAUGGAGUGGCUGCUCUACCUGCCCUGGGGAAAGUACACGGUGGAGUCCAGGGACAUUCACAAGGCGAAGCGGAUUUUGGACUCGCACCACUUCGGCCUCAACGAUGUUAAGACGCGCCUGCUGGAGUUCAUGGCGACGAACAUACUGAAGGGGGACCCGAAAGGAAGCGCAAAUGCUAAGACUGAAUCGGCAAAUUCAAAUAACUCAGUAGGUCAAUCGGAUGGAGCAAAAAACAAAGAUAAGGACACUGGGAAGGAAAAGAAGGACAAUAAGAAUGAGCACGGGAAGAUCAUAUGUUUGAUAGGGCCGCCAGGAGUGGGAAAGACGUCAAUAGCAAUAGCGAUGGCAGAGUCGCUUAACAGGAAGCUGUACAGGUUCUCACUGGGAGGAAUGUUUGACAUAGCGGAAAUCAAGGGGCACAGAAGAACGUAUGUAGGGUCGCUGCCAGGAAAAUUCGUGCAGGCCUUGAAGUACACGAACACGCUGAACCCACUCAUCAUACUGGACGAGAUUGACAAGCUGGGCAGAGAUACCAGAGGGGACCCGGCGUCGGCACUGCUUGAAGCACUGGACCCAUCGCAGAACAUGAACUUCAGAGACUACUACCUGGACAUACCAAUAGACCUGUCGCAGGUGCUGUUCGUGUGCACGGCGAACUCGACGGACACGAUACCGGCGCCGCUGCUGGACAGGAUGGAGCUGAUCAACAUACCGGGGUACCUGCCCGAGGAGAAGAUGAUGAUAUGCAAGCACUUCCUGAUACCGGCGUCAAUGAGGGCGACGGGGCUGAGCGCGGAGCUGAUAAAGAUCGAGGACGACGCAGUGGACAGGAUAAUAAAGCAGUACUCGCGAGAAGCAGGGGUGAGGAACCUGCUCAAGUGCAUCGAAAAAAUACACAGGAAGGUUGCACUCAACUUGGUGAUGUCAAACACGCCAAAAACGAGCGACGGUGGAGAACACGGUGACGGCAACGAGACUGUUGCGUCAGCAAGUGAUAUGUCAGCAGCUGGUGCAAGUAGAGGGGUAAAUGUUGAUGGUGUUGUUAGUGGCGGAGUUACAGGAGGUGAUAAUGUUGAUGGUGUUGGCACUAGUGAUACUGGUGGAGUUACCAGUGGAGCCUCAACCAAUGCUGCCAAGGAUGGUUUUCCAAGUGGCGAUGCCAACAGUGAUGGCACAGCAACUAGUCCCAUUUCUGUUGAAAGCAUAAAGAGUAACAGCGGCCUAACAGUGGUCACCGAGGACGACGUCAUAACGUAUUUGGGAGUCCCGAUCUACAACAAGGAGUCGUUUCACCCGUACCCGCUGCCGUACGGAGUGGUUAUGGGCCUGGCCUGGACCAACGCGGGAGGAGCAACGAUGUACGUGGAGGCGCACGGCCAGAUGAUGGACAAGUACGGGAACCUGAUAGAGCCGAACCGUUCGAAGGACGGUGGGGGCCAGGAAGGGGAAGAGACUGAGGCCGGUGACAGGAAGUCGGAUCGCGACGACGGCCAGGCGAGGGAGCUGAAGGGCAAGGGCAGCCUGAAGAUAACGGGACACCUGGGCAACGUGAUGACGGAGAGCGCGCAGAUAGCCCUGACCUACUGCAAGACCUUCAUCAGGAAGCACCAGCCGAGGAACAUCUUCCUCGACGAGGCGGACAUCCACAUACACGUGCCCGAGGGCGCGACGCCGAAGGACGGGCCGAGCGGCGGCAUCACGAUGGCCUGCGCGCUGAUAUCCAUUGCGGCCAAGAAGCGGCUGAAGCCGUCGCUGGCGAUGACCGGGGAGCUGACGAUAUCGGGCAAGAUCCUGCGGAUCGGCGGCAUCAAGGAGAAGCUCAUUGCUGCGAUCAGGGAGGACGUGGGCACGGUCAUCCUGCCGAUGGCCAACAAGCCCGACUUCGACGAGCUCGACGCCAGCAUCAAGGACAAGGUGCGCGUCGUCUUCGUGAACGUGUUUGACGACGUCUACGAGAGCGCUUUCGAGUAA